GGGCCGGACGCGACACCCGGAAGUUACGCCCUGGAGGCGGUACCUGGUUGUGGAGGGCGUCGCGAUGGGCGGGGCGGGGCGUCCGUGGUCAUCCUGGAACCACGGAUCCCAGGCAGUUUUGCAGAACUCCGAUAUCUGUGGACGCUAACAUGGACUUCAUUUAAAGAAACCCACGGACCAUUAAUGGACAAAAACAUGAAUCAGAUUGUAUUUUGGCUUUCAAAUCCUAGCACUUGGGGAAAGGUUCUGAAGCCCCCUCUUACAUCAGAACUCUUUUCUAAUGAUCCUCUGAGUGUCAUCUCAGGACCCUGGGCACACUCAUGGCACGAUGGCCAACCCUCAGGAGCACCUGAGCUGCUCCUCUUCCCCACACUUGCCUUUGAGUGAAAACAAAACCUUCAAUGGACUACAAGAUGACAUCACACCUAUGCGAAGCCACCCUUCACCCAAGCUUCUUAAGGACCAGCAGGAAAAGGGGGUGGUGCAAACAGAGCUAACUGAGGGCAUGAACAGCCCCAUCACCACAACAGUGUUGACAAGUGUAAGCGAGGAUUCCAGGGACCAGUUUGAGAACAGCGUUCUUCAGCUAAGGGAACAAGAUGAAUCGGAGAUGGCCGUGUCUCAUGGGAACAGCAACACUGUGGAUGGAGAGGGCACAAGUGGAACCGAAGACAUCAAGAUUCAGUUCAGCAGGUCGGGCAGCAGCAGUGGUGGGUUUCUUGAAGGACUAUUUGGAUGCUUAAGGCCUGUAUGGAAUAUCAUUGGGAAGGCAUAUUCCACUGAUUACAAAUUGCAGCAGCAAGAUACUUGGGAAGUGCCAUUUGAGGAGAUCUCAGAGCUGCAGUGGCUGGGUAGUGGAGCCCAGGGAGCUGUCUUCUUGGGCAAGUUCCGAGCGGAGGAGGUGGCCAUCAAGAAAGUGAGAGAACAGAAUGAGACGGAUAUCAAGCAUUUGAGGAAGUUGAAGCACCCUAACAUCAUCGCUUUCAAGGGUGUUUGUACUCAGGCCCCAUGUUACUGUAUCAUCAUGGAAUACUGUGCCCAUGGACAACUUUAUGAGGUUUUGCGAGCUGGCAGGAAGAUCACACCUCGAUUGCUAGUAGAUUGGUCCACAGGAAUUGCAAGUGGAAUGAAUUAUUUACACCUCCAUAAAAUUAUUCAUCGUGAUCUCAAAUCACCUAAUGUUUUAGUGACUCACACAGAUGCAGUAAAAAUUUCAGAUUUUGGUACAUCUAAGGAACUUAGUGAUAAAAGUACCAAGAUGUCCUUUGCUGGCACAGUAGCAUGGAUGGCGCCAGAGGUGAUACGGAAUGAACCUGUCUCUGAAAAAGUCGAUAUAUGGUCUUUUGGAGUGGUGCUUUGGGAGUUGCUGACAGGAGAGAUCCCGUACAAAGAUGUAGACUCUUCAGCCAUUAUUUGGGGUGUUGGAAGCAAUAGCCUACACCUUCCAGUUCCUUCCACUUGCCCUGAUGGAUUCAAAAUCCUUAUGAAGCAGACAUGGCAGAGUAAACCUCGCAAUCGACCUUCUUUUCGGCAGACACUCAUGCAUUUAGACAUCGCAUCUGCGGAUGUACUUGCCACCCCACAAGAAACUUACUUCAAGUCUCAGGCUGAAUGGAGAGAAGAAGUAAAAAAACACUUUGAGAAGAUCAAAAGUGAAGGAACUUGUAUCCACCGAUUAGAUGAAGAACUGAUUCGAAGGCGCAGAGAAGAGCUCAGGCAUGCUUUGGAUAUUCGUGAGCACUAUGAGAGAAAACUUGAGCGGGCUAAUAAUUUAUACAUGGAAUUGAGUGCCAUCAUGCUGCAGCUAGAAAUGCGGGAGAAGGAGCUAAUUAAGCGUGAGCAAGCAGUGGAGAAGAAGUAUCCUGGGACCUACAAACGACAUCCUGUCCGUCCAAUAAUCCACCCUAAUGCCAUGGAGAAACUCAUGAAGAGGAAAGGUGUGCCUCACAGACCUGGGAUGCAGGCCAAGCGGCCAGAUCUGUUGAGAUCUGAAGGUAUCCCCAGUGUGGAAGUGGCUCCCACUGCAUCCCCUUUGUCCGGAAGUCCUAAAAUGUCCACCUCCAGCAGCAAGAGCCGAUAUCGGAGCAAACCACGCCACCGCCGCGGGAGUAGCCGAGGCAGCCACAGUGACUUUGCGGCGAUCUUAAAAAACCAGCCAGCCCGGGAAAAUUCACCCCAUCCCACUUACCUGCACCAGGCUCAGUCCGAAUACCCUUCUCCCCAUCACCGUAGUCCUCUCCAGCAGCAAUACCAGCAACCCCCUCCCGCCACGUCUCAGAGUCACCAUCCCAGACUCGACAUGCACGGACAGGACAUUGCAACCUGCGCCAACAACCUGAGGUAUUUUGGCCCCGCGGCAGCCCUGCGGAGCCCACUUAGCAACCAUGCUCAAAGACAGAUGCCUGGCUCUAGCCCUGACCUCAUCUCCACGGCCGUGGCAGCAGAUUGCUGGAAAAGUUCUGAGCCUGACAAGGGCCAGGCAGGCCCCUGGGGCUGUUGUCAGGCUGACCCCUAUGACCCCUGCCUCCAGCGCAGGCCAGAACAGCAUGGGUCCUUAGGCGUCCCCUCUGCCGAGCCCGUGAGGAGGAGCCCCAACAUUUUCAAGCCACCAGCACACAAUCCCCUCUCGGAAAAUGCCCAAGGUUCUGAGAAAAUGGAAGAAAAGGAAUUCAGCGGCUGUGGGUCUGCAGCAUCCCUCAACACCUCUCAUCACAUCACCCCCCCAGCUCUACCUCGAAAAACAAGGCCCCUUCAGAAGAGUGGAGAUGACUCCUCUGAAGAGGAAGAAGGGGAAGUAGAUAGUGAAGUUGAAUUUCCACGAAGACAGAGGCCCCAUCGCUGUAUCAGCAGCUGCCAGUCGUAUUCAACCUUUAGCUCUGAGAAUUUCUCUGUGUCUGACGGAGAGGAAGGAAAUACCAGUGACCACUCAAACAGCCCUGAUGAGUUAGCGGAUAAACUCGAAGACCGCCUGGCAGAGAAGCUAGAUGACCUGCUGUCCCAGACGCCGGAGAUCCCCAUUGAGAUAUCCUCGCAUUCAGACGGGCUCUCUGACAAGGAGUGUGCUGUGCGCCGUGUGAAGACGCAGAUGUCUCUGGGCAAGCUGUGUACGGAGGACCGUGGCUAUGAGAAUCCUAUGCAGUUUGAAGAAUCGGACUGUGACUCUUCAGACGGGGAGCGUUCUGAUGCCACAGUUAGGACCAAUAAACACUACAGCUCUGCUACUUGGUAAUGAAAGAAUACCCACCCUGAAGAUCUCAUGACUAUACUGGCAUUUCACAUCCAUCCCACCCCCAGACUCUUCCCACUCUCUCCCUGCUUUUUUGUCUGGGAAGAGAGCUGCCCCAUCUUUCUUACCCCUAGACAUGAGCUGCAAUAACAGGAACAUGAGACUUUACAAAUCUCUGGAAAAAAAUAUCCAAAUGAAAUUAAGUCUCACUGAACAUUUCAAUCAAGAAUGGCAGGGAUCUAUUUUAUUGAAUA